AUGAGUGCUAUUGUAGUUUCUGUUUCUUCAUUGUCGCUAUUCUCUGCAGGGAUUCUCCGCUUUCCCCUAAGGCAUUUCUUCCGCUUCUCCUCCUUGUCCAAAACCCUAAUUUCCGCGAGCUGCAAGAAGGCCCCGAAGGCCAUGCCCGAGGGCUUGUCUUCCUCCGCCACCACUGCAGCAUCGCCUUCGGAGAGGGCGGUGGUGGUGGCGCCGAAGCCCAAGCCGCAGCCCUGGCUCAUCGUCGGGCUAGGCAACCCAGGCAAGCGGUACGACGGCACCCGCCACAACGUGGGUUUUGAGAUGGUAGAUGCUAUAGCUGAAGCUGAAGGGAUAUCUUUGAGCAGUGUUUCUUUCAAGGCGCUGUUUGGAAAGCUUUUUAUCUUUACACAAGAGGUUUAUCUGUUUGUAGGUUUCAUUGGAAAUGUCCCUGUCAUGCUUGCAAAACCACAAACUUUCAUGAAUGCAAGUGGUGAGUCUGUUGGAGCAAUUGUCUCAUAUUAUAAGAUUCCACUCAAGCAAGUACUUGUGAUUUUUGAUGACUUAGAUCUGCCAUUUGCCAAACUACGAUUGUUGCCAAAAGGUGGACACGGAGGACACAACGGCAUGAGGAACAUCAUUGAUCACUUCAAAGGGAGCCGUGAUUUUCCUCGUUUGAGAAUAGGUGUUGGGAGGCCUCCUGGGAAAAUGGAUCCUGUCAACUUUGUCCUUAGACCUUUUAACAAACAAGAGCAAGAAGAGUUGAAUUUCACAUUCCAGAAUGGAAUAGAAGCUGUGCGUAUUCUUUUGCUCGAAGGCUUUGAUAAGAGCGCGACCUUUGUUAAUAGCAGCAAAAAGUUAGAACAACUUGGCUAA